UUCCUUCACAUCUGAGGUGCMUUGGUCUGUACUUUGCUGACGGUUUUUGCUGCAGUUUCUGGUAAUCCUUUCUUUUUCUUGCACUACUAGCUGCAGCCCUGUAACCCAUAUAACUGACCCAUAAGAAUUCUGGGAUGGAAUGAGGUAUGGUCCUCUUGGCACAAGCAAUCAGACCUCUGACAACACACACAUUGCAAAAGGUUUGGUUUGCAAGCAGAUUUAAUUUGUUUUCCUGCAAAYUGGCCACAUUAGCUGGAUUCCAGAAAGGCGAUAUCAUGGCAAACGUUACCAAGGUCCAUGCAAGAGAGAUUUUUGAUAGCCGUGGUAACCCUACAGUUGAGGUUGAGGUCACCACUGCAAAAGGGAUGUUCCGUGCAGCUGUUCCAUCUGGUGCAUCAACUGGUAUCUAUGAAGCACUUGAGCUUAGAGACAAAGAUGCAAGCAAAUUCUUAGGCAAAGGUGUGUCCAAAGCAGUUGAAAAUGUGAACAAAGUCAUUGGACCAGCUCUGAUUGAAAAGAAACUUGAUGUCACAGAUCAAGAAGGAAUUGAUAAYCUUAUGCUUCAAAUUGAUGGAACUGAGAAUAAAGCCAAACUAGGAGCCAAUGCCAUCCUGGGYGUGUCACUUGCCGUAUGCAAAGCUGGUGCUGCUCACAAGGGGGUACCACUAUAUARAUAUAUCUCUGAGUUGGCUGGACACAAAACUGUCAUUCUUCCUGUGCCUGCUUUUAACGUCAUCAAYGGAGGGUCUCAUGCUGGUAACAAACUUGCUAUGCAGGAGUUUAUGCUGCUCCCUACAGGAGCAUCAAGCUUCCGCGAAGCAAUGAGAAUGGGCUCAGAAAUUUACCAAAACUUAAAGAAAGUUGUAAAAGAGAAAUAUGGUAUUGACGCUACCAAUGUUGGUGAUGAGGGAGGAUUUGCACCAAAUAUCCAAGAGAACAGAGAAGGUCUUGAACUGCUGAAAGUGGCCAUUGAGAAAGCUGGCUAUACUGGAAAGAUUGAGAUUGGGAUGGAUGUWGCUGCUUCUGAAUUCCACAAAGAUGGCAAAUAUGAUUUGGAUUUCAAGAACAAAGACUCUGACCCAAGCAAAUGGGUAUCCUCAGACCAACUUAGGGACAUUUACUUAGAUUUCAUCAAGAACUACCCAGUUGUAUCAAUUGAGGAUGCAUUUGACCAAGACCACUGGGAUGCWUGGAGUGACCUCACAUCAAAAGUCUCCAUACAGAUUGUUGGAGAUGACUUGACUGUUACGAACCCAAAAAGGAUCAAGACAGCCGUUGAUAAGAAAGCAUGCAACUGUCUACUGCUCAARGUCAACCAAAUAGGCUCUGUAACAGAAUCAAUCCAAGCCUGCAAGUUGGCUCAGUCAAAUGGCUGGGGGGUUAUGGUCAGCCAUCGUAGUGGAGAGACAGAAGAUACAUUUAUCGCUGAUCUUGUUGUUGGUCUGUGCACAGGACAAAUCAAGACUGGUGCACCUUGUAGGUCUGAAAGACUUGCMAAGUACAACCAACUGCUCAGGAUUGAGGAAGAGUUGGGAGCCGAUGCCAAAUUUGCUGGCAAAAACUUCAGACAUCCACUCAAGUGAACAAGUUGUGUUUGUUAAAAUCAGGACAGGAUGAUCUAUGAGGCUUUGAUUCAUGUAAAGAACUGUUUUUUGGAGUUUGUAAAGAAGUAACAUAUGGGAAAAUUUGGCGAAACUGUUCCUGCGAUCUAUAAUAAUCAUAUAAUUUUUGAGAAUUUGUAGCAUAACUAGUGGAAAAGGUAUUAAUAAAAUUGGUAUUCAUGAUUGAGUA